GUAUUAACAAUCAGUUAUUCAAAUAUAGAAAAGGUCUUCCCUUUCCUCUAUUAACGGUUCAUCCUUUCCACCAAAAGAACAAGAUUGACGAAAAAAGUUCCGCUUUUCACACUUCUCGACAUGGCAUAUCUAACAAGUUUUCCCGUUAACAGCAAAAGAACAAUCAAUUACCAUCUCCGAAUUCAACAACCUCCAUUUCUCAUGUUCUUUGAUUCUCCAAACUUCAAAUUCACCUACACGCAUUUCAAAUUCUCAACGUAUACAGAAAUUCGUACAAACUGAGAACAAAAAAAUGUCAAGCGACAGUGACGAAGAUGAGCUGUUACAAAUGGCAUUACAGGAGCAAGCACAGGGCAAAAAACCGCCAGAGCAACCGCCAAAGCCGAAUCCGAGUAGCGGCAGAGGAGGUGCCACGCCGAACAGAAAAAGCACCAAUGCCGUGCCGCAGAAGCAGAGGAAAGGAGUGGAGGAAGAUGAAGAUGAUUCGGACUUAGAGAUACUCAGCAUUUCAUCUGGUGAUGAGGUUCCUUCCUCUAAGGAUCGUAAGGGCGUGUCAAAGAGAAGAGGUGCUGCAAGUGGAGGAGGAAGAUCAGUUGGAAAGGAUGAUGAUGAACCGUGGGAAGGUGGUGAACCUGAUUGUUGGAAACACGUCGAUGAAGACGAGCUAAGGCGUCAUGUUAGGGAGAUGAGGGAGACUAGAGCAGGUCCAGCCACUCAAAUUAAGGCUGAGGAGGAGAAGAUGGCAUUGGCGAAGAAGGCACUUAACAGUUUGCAGUCUUUCCCCCGUGGCAUGGAAUGCAUAGAUCCUCUAAGAUUGGGGAUAGUUGACAAUAGAACAUUAAGGAUGAUCAGUGAGCACUCAUCAAGCUCCCCAUCUGUAGGUGAUAGGGAUCAUGUAGACGCCAAAACUCGCGAGAGGUUGAAUUAUUUUUCUGAGAAGUUUGACCCAAAGUUAUUUCUAUCCCGAAUCCACCAAGAUACUAGUGCAGCUGACUUAGAGGCAGGUGCUCUUUCUUUGAAAACCGAUCUUAAAGGACGUAUGCAACAGAAAAAACAAUUGGUCAAAGAGAAUUUUGAUUGCUUUGUAUCUUGCAAAACAACAAUUGAUGAUAUUGAAUCAAAGUUGAGACGCAUUGAGGAGGACCCUGAAGGUUCUGGAACUUCUCACUUAUAUAAUUGUAUGCAAGGAGUCAAUUCAAUUGCUAACCGUGCUUUUGAGUCACUAUUUGAAAGGCAGGCUCAAGCUGAGAAGAUAAGAACUGUUCAAGGAAUGCUUCAGAGGUUCCGAACAUUAUUUAACUUACCCAGUACCAUUCGUGAGAGCAUUAGUAAGGGUGAAUACGAUCUGGCAGUCAGGGAAUACAGGAAAGCAAAGUCAAUUGUUCUGCCUUCUCAUGUAGGUAUUUUGAAGCGUGUCCUUGAGGAGGUUGAAAAAGUUAUGCAAGAGUUUAAAGGCAUGCUUUACAAGUCUCUGGAAGAUCCUCAUAUUGACCAAACAAAUCUUGAAAAUAUAGUGAGACUCUUGUUGGAGUUGGAACCUGAAUCAGAUCCUGUAUGGCACUACUUGAAUAUACAGAACCACAGAAUUCGAGGCUUGCUUGAGAAAUGCUCUUUAGAUCAUGAAGCAAGGAUGGAGAAUUUACAGAAUGAGAUGAGAGCAAGAGCUUUAUCUGAUGCAAAAUGGAGGCAAAUUCAGCAAGAUCUGAACCAUUCUUUAGACAUUGACUACUCUGUAUCUCCUGGUGAUUUGCAACCAUUAGAGAUGAUCGGCGAACAAGGUGAUGCUCUUAGAGGAAGAUAUAUACGUAGGUUGACUGCUGUUAUUAUUCAGCAUGUACCUGCCUUCUGGAAAGUUUCUGUUUCAGUUUUCAGUGGGAAAUUUGCAAAGACUUCCCAAGUGUCUUCUGAUUCAAAUGUCAAUGUCUCUGCAAAGAGAACUGAAGAAAAAGUAGGAGACGGAAAGUACUCAAGUCAUUCUCUUGAUGAAGUUGCUGGAAUGUUGCAGAGUACUUUAUCAGCUUAUGAAUCCGAGGUAAAUGCUUCCUCUUGAUGGCAGGAGAGUAAGUUGCCAUGGGUUAUGCUUACUUUUAGACGCAGGUGCACCUA